AUGGCACACAUUCCCUCUUCUCUGGUGGUUUGGCUGCUGCUGAUGUUGGUGCUACAAGGUGCUGUUAGAGUAAAAGCAGCUUGCGGGCAGCCUGUGACAUCACGGAUUGUUGGAGGGCAGGCAGCUGUUGAAGGGACAUGGCCCUGGCAAGCCAGCAUUUUUCAAGCUAACAAACCGAUUUGCGGAGGUUCCCUCAUCAACUCCAACUGGGUAGUUUCUGCAGCUCACUGCUUUCUUUUCCCUAAAGCACCCUAUGAAGUACAGUUGGGUGCUUAUAAACUCUUGGACCCUUCUCCUAAUAUGGUGACAUCGGCCGUUAAACGUGUUAUCUCCCAUCCUGACUACAAUGGCAAGGACGGCUCCAUUGGAGACAUUGCUUUAGUGGAGCUGAAUUCCCCAGUGACUUUCAAUGACUAUAUCCUUCCCAUCUGCUUGCCAGCAUAUUCUGUGGAGUUUCCUGCAAACACAACAUGCUGGGUCACUGGAUGGGGACGGAUUGGGUAUUCAGACUUGGCAUCCCCCAAAAUCCUUCAGGAAGUGGACGUACCCAUCAUAGAUCGUGAUACUUGCAACAAUCUCUAUAAUAUAAGCAAAGGAUAUCAGUUACAAACUGAUCUUGUCAAGGCUGAUAUGAUCUGUGCAGGGUACAAAGAAGGUGGAAAGGAUGCCUGUCAGGGUGAUUCCGGAGGGCCCUUAGUCUGCAAAUCCAAUGGGAUCUGGACACUGGCUGGGGUGGUGAGUUGGGGGGAAGGCUGUGCUCAACCCAACCGAGUUGGCGUCUAUACAUCAGUACCUUUCUACCUAGGUUGGAUCCAAAACAAUAUAAAUACAAAUAGUGGACUUUCAAAUUUUCCCAGGGUGACUCUACUUUUGCUGAUUUUUGUACCAACUCUCCUAUAA